AUGGCGGCCGAUUCCAGCGUGAAUAAGCUCUCAAAGCUCCCUCCUGACCACAUGAGCCCCGAUCGACCAUCUCAACCGUUGGUCCUCUCGCCUCCAGCUACUUCAGACGUCCUUAUGGGACCGAGCGUGACGCAGCGGCCUCCAGCUGAAACAUUCACCCUAUUCAAGCUUCUCCCAAGCGAACUGCGCCUUCGUGUCUGGGAGUUCGCUUGCGCAGCACCUGGGCCAAGGAUUCACUUUCUGGAGCCUAUAGUCGAUUCAGACGGUGCUGAGGAGGGCCAGAAAAUGCGCUGGGAGGUUACCAAGUCUAAGGAUGAUCCUUCUUUCCGAUGGUCUGGGCAGGAGCUCUUGGACGUCUGCAUUGAAGCGAGAAGUGUGUGUUUGAAACAUAAGACAACUGGCAAUUCUUUGGGCAGAGAGCAGUCUCACAACAGCAUCUCAGACAUGGUGCAGACCAGCGACAUUGUGUGUGUCCGUAUCGAGAAAACGAAUAAUGGUAUCUUUGUGUCCCCAUCAAAUCCUCGUUUCGGCCGGGUGGAGAAACAGUUUUGCGAUCGCGACAAACGUCCUUCCCCGCGCCUACUUGCCCUGGAACUUCCAUUAAACCCUCCUAACCAGCAUGGAUGGUGGUAUCCUCUACUCGUGCCUUCUUGGAGUUCUUACGGCGAUGUACAGAACCUUCUACAACUCGACCAACUCGACGUCAUUUACAUCCUCGACCAACACAUCAAGCCACGGGAUGACUGCAAUAACCAGCCUGUUAUUGCUCCAGAAAAAGAAACCGAGGUUUUUGAAGGUCAUCUUGACAGCAAGUUCAUUUCUAUCAACCCAGAAGACGACCAUGCACUUCACACUGGGGUAUCCCUCGCUUCUGUUGGGAGAUUUUUCAAAAUUAUUCUGCUCCUUCGGGUUUACUCCCCGGGACGGAAAUGGCUGGGUUCAGUUUCCCGAAAAUCCUCGUCGAAGGCACCAACCACAGCAGCCUUGUGGUCCCGGAAGCACAGCCCAAAAGCACCUCGACACCAAGGAAAAACCACUGAAUGCUACGAGAUUGUGACAGGGAAAGUCACCACUAUGGAUGCGUGUGUGGCACAAGCACAGGAUUUGUCCACUUCCAUAGAAACAACUGAAGCAAGUACGCUCAGAAACACACCCAGUGAAGCGACUGAAGACGAAUCGGCAGAGAAGACAUGGGGCGCCGACGAGAUCAACACAAUAGCAAAACGUCAAGAGACAUUCCGCCACAACAUGCUACAUUUAGACUCAGUUGUGAUGAAGAUCGUUGAGCGUUCACACAUCUCAUAG